AAGCAAGCACGCCAAUACUCCAGAACAUCCUCAGGGACGAUGUUACUCUCCAUCGCGCGCCCCGCCGCCGCCGCUACGGGUUUGGGCCGUCGUGCUGCCUCCGGCAUUGCCCUCAAGUACUCCCAGGCGGUCUACAAGGCAGCCCUCUCCAAGUCUCCCCAGGUCCUUAACAAGGUCCAGACGGAGCUGAACGCGAUUUCCUCGACGAUCAAGGAGGUCCCGGAGCUGAACCAGUUUGUCACCAACCCCAGUCUUUCCGCUAAGGACCGCACAGCUGGUCUUGCGGCCCUCUACGCGCGCGCGGAGGGGACGGGUGCUAAGAAGGAGCCCGUGUCGGAUAUCACGAAGAACCUCUUCUCUGUCCUGUCGGAGAACGGGAGGUUGGCGGAGACGCAGGGCGUUAUUGAGGGCUUCAACGAGCUGGUCGCUCAAUAUAAGGGUGAAUUGACCGUGGUUGUCACGUCAGCGAACCCCCUUCCGAGGGAGACCCUUUCCCGGCUCGAGUCCACGUUGAAGCAGUCGCAGGCAGCUCAGCAGGCCAAGAGUCUCAAAAUCACGAAUAAGGUCAACCCAAGUAUCUUGGGUGGGAUUGUCGUUGACUUCGGCGACAAGACAAUAGACCUGAGCGUGCAAUCACGGGUGACUAAGCUCAACAACCUUCUGCAACAGGCGGUUUGAGAGGUGGAUGCUUAAAGUGGAGAGACUUAUUUAGAGUUGGCAAUGAUACGGACUUGAAAUGCCCAGCGAUUUCUCUCCAGUCCGCCCUGCGACGUGCGCUCAGACGUUGCUGGUACGUCAACGUCAUGUCCAAGUUCAUCGGUCUGAGAGGCUUCGCCGCCUUCGGACCCGGAAGCCCAAUCAUAAUGCACUUACCCGUGCGCCAUCGACUGCCUAUUCCGAGUCCCAUAUGUGGGAAUCUCAAUUUAAUCAUUGUUCAAGUG